CUCUCACUACAACCAUACAGUGAUCACACCUCGCACACUUGUCUCUCUAUUGCUUUUCUCUGCAAAUCUCUGGAGGACAGGAAGGGAGAGAGAGCAGUGCAGAAGAAGAGGUUAUUACACAGAGAAAAAGAAGAGAAGAGAUCUCGAGAAAUUACUCCAAGAGAUCUUUGGGGAUCAGAGUGAUUUAAAGCAAAGGCGGCUAGAGAGAAUUAAAAAGGGAAUGACUUCUGGGCACACGAUAUUUCUCUUUUAUAAUCCAUCGUCGUCAUCAUCAUCAGCCUUUGGCUGGCUGGAAUAGUGGUUUUGACGAAAACCGCUUGGAUCCUUGGUGGGUUUUUUCUGUGGGGGAUGGUCAGGCAGUUUUGUGAGUGUCAGCGAAUUAAAAGAGGUCGGUGCAGAGAACGGCGCUUAGAGACUUAAGAGUGGUCUUGUUGGGUUCUGAGGAGUGGAGUAGUGUGGUUGGGUUGAGUGGGAGUGGUGGUGGUGGUUGUUCACGGAAGCUCUGAGUCUUGAGACUGUAUUGCCGGGUGAAAAAAAGUUGUUUUUACAGUGUUUGGGAGCGGUUUUUGUUUCGGUUUUGAAGUGGAUUUAUUGGGUUUUUGGAGUUUUAUUUUCCACGUAUUGGGGAGAUGAAGUUUAUGAAACUGGGAUCAAAGCCGGAUGCGUUUCAAGCUGAUGGCAACUGUAUCAGGUAUGUAGCAUCUGAACUGGCUACUGAUGUUGUCAUAAUUGUUGGGGAAGUGAAAUUUUAUCUGCACAAGUUUCCUCUGUUGUCCAAAAGCAAUCGUUUGCAAAAGCUUGUGCAGAGAGCCAACGAGGAAAACACCAAUGAAGUCUGCAUGGUCGAUUUUCCAGGUGGACCAAAGGCAUUCGAGAUAUGUGCCAAAUUCUGCUAUGGUAUGACAGUCACCCUCAAUGCUUACAACGUUGUUGCUGCUCGAUGUGCAGCAGACUACCUUGAGAUGACAGAGGAUGUUGAUCAUGGAAACCUAAUUUUCAAAAUUGAGGUUUUCCUAAACUCGAGUGUCUUCCGCAGUUGGAAAGAUUCUAUUAUUGUUCUUCAGACUACCAAGUCUCUUCUACCAUGGUCUGAGAAUCUGAAGGUUGUUGGAAGAUGCAUAGAUUCUAUUGCUUCUAAAACCUCAGUGGAGCCGUCAAAUGUCACUUGGUCAUACACCUAUAACCGGAAGUUAGCAGUGGCAGAUCAGGUUUGUGAGAAUGGGACAAGAUUCCAACAGAAAUUUCAAUCUGUCCCCAAAGACUGGUGGGUUGAAGAUAUAUGUGAGUUGGAUAUUGACCUUUACAAGCGAGUGAUGAUUGCUGUAAAGUCAAAGGGGAGAAUGUCUGCUGAUGUGAUCGGUGAGGCACUCAAGGCAUAUGCUAUCAGAUGGCUGCCGGAUUCUAUUGAUGUAUUGGUUUCUGAUGACUAUGCCCUGAGGAGCAGGUCUUUGGUUGAAACAAUCAUCUGGUUAUUGCCUUCUGACAAGGGUUCUGAAUGUUUGUGUAGUUUCCUUCUGAAGUUGUUGAAAGUUGCCAUCCUGGUCGGAGCUGGUGAUGCACCAAAGGAAGAGCUUUUGAAGAGGAUCAGUUGGCAGUUGGAUGAAGCUACUGUAAAUGAUCUACUGAUUCCGGCACAGCCACCAGAUACUACCAUUUAUGACGUGAAGCUGGUACAGAACAUUGUGAAUCGAUUUAUAAUGCAAGCCCGACGUACUCAGAAUUUGGAAUUUGUUGAGAAACAUGAAAAGGUUUCAGAUAAUUUUGUGUUAGGCAGAGGGUCCUGGAUGAAUGUUGGCAAACUGAUUGAUGGGUAUCUUGCUGAAAUUGCCUCAGACCCAAAUCUCUCUGUCUCUAGCUUCGUUGAUCUCUCACAGUUGAUUCCUGAAUCAGCUAGACCAAUCCAUGAUGGAUUAUACAAGGCCAUAGACGUCUACCUGAAGGAGCAUACUAAUUUGAUGAAAAUCGAUAAGAAGAAGAUUUGUGGACUAAUGGAUGUUAAGAAGUUGUCAAUGGAUGGCUCCAUGCAUGCUGCUCAAAAUGAGCGUCUUCCACUUCGUUUGGUGGUCCAGGUUCUCUUCUUUGAGCAGGCCAGGGCAGCUGCUGGGGGCCUAAAUGCCCCACAAAAUAUUUCUCUUGAGAGUUCACGUUCUACUGCCAAUACUGAAGAAUGGGAGAAGACAGUGCCAGAGCACUGCAAAACACUUAAGAAACAGAUGAGCCAAGUGAAGAUCCGAGACAAUGAGUGCCAGAAAAAUGGGGCGAAGAAAAAUAAAGGCACCAAAAAUAAAGGUGGUGUUGUGUUGCUUCCAUCAAGAUCAAGAAGAUUCUUUGACAAAUUGUGGGUUGGGGUUAAGGGCCAGGGUGAGAACAGGAGCUCUGAGACGUCAGGGAGCUCUCAGAGCCCAACUUCAGUGAAUCCUGGGGAGAACAGAUCUUCUGGUUCCUCCUCAAGACACAGAAGGCAUUCUGUAUCUUGAAGAACUGAGGGAUGUAUAUGUCCUGGUGAAGUUUAGAAGAUUUUACUAUCAGAUCAAAUUGUAAAAAGUGGUGGUAUUACUGAGGCUGAUGUAUGUCCUCUCUUCCUCUGCCAUAUAGUAAUCCAAAAGAAGGUUCUGAAAGAUGUAAUUAGUUUCUUGGAGCCUUUCCUGUGAUACAUCUGCCUGUUUGUGUAAAACAUUGUCUUUCCCAUAGUGCAUUGAUUCAAUAGGAAUUUUUUACCCCUUUCCCUAUUA